AUGGAUCCUUUGGAGAGGUCUGAAUCCAUUUCCAAGGAAUUUAAGGAAAAUAGGGAGAAAGAGACAUGGCGGCGUACAUGCCUUUUGUCGUUUCAGAGUCUUGGUAUCGUAUUUGGUCGCUUGAGCACUGCUCCUCUAUAUGUUUUCGGAUCAAUUCAUCCUGGAGAUUUUAAGUCUGAGAAGGAGAUAUAUGAACUAUUUUCAUUUAUCUUCUGGUCAUUGAGCAUUAUUCCCUUGCUAAAAUAUGCUUUCAUAGUACUGAGAGCUGAUGAUGACGGAGAGGGUGGUACAUUUCCUUUAUACUCAUUACUUUGCCGAUAUGCUAAUGUUGGGCUGCUACCAAAUGAUAAUAGUGCCAGCGAAAUUAUGAACCACGACAGUGAAAGUGACAGGAUUAAGGUACGAACAAGGGCUAGAAGAGCCUUGGAACGACAUAAAAUCUUUCAUAAUUUGCUGUUCUUCCUUGCUUUGUUUGGCUGUUGCAUGAUCAUCGCUGAUGGAGUUCUCACCCCAUCUGUCUCCGUGUUAUCAGCCACAUCAACCUUUGGGCGAUCGAUGAUAAAAUUGUCCCAUCGGGUGUUUUCUUCCCCAAAAACAAGAAAUCAAGCAGACAAGAUCUUCAGCAAAAUACCUGUGCCCAUGUCAUGUGCUAUACUGGUUUGCCUUUUCAGCGUACAAAGAUUCGGGACAAAGAAAGUUGGUUUCCUUUUUGCUCCAAUUAUUAUAGUCUGGCUCACAUUUAUUAGUGGCAUUGGUGUUUAUAAUAUCGUAAAAGAUCCCAAAAUACUUCAUGCAAUCUCUCCAAUAUACAUGUUCAGAUUCUUCAAGAGAGUCGACCUUCGAAGUUGGAAAUUGUUGGGGAGUAUUGUUUUAUGUGUAGCAGGGUCAGAGGCUAUGUUUACAAAUCUAGGUCACUUCUCGAUGAAAUCUAUAAAGCUGACAUUCAUAUGCUUGGUAUAUCCUGCACUUAUUUUAAGUUAUGCUGGUCAAGCUGCAAGCAUUGCUAGACACUUAGGAACUUCUGACGACGUUGCCAAUCUCAGUGAAUAUGUACCUGAUAAAACCUUGCAUCAUGCCUUUGCAAUAGUAUCCAUAUUUGCUUCAGCAGUUGGAAGCCAAGCAACUAUUACAGCAAGUUUUUCCAUAAUAAACCAAUGCCAAUCACUAAGCUGUUUUCCCAGAGUGAAAGUCAUCCACACAUCUGAUGAGAUUCGUGGGCAAGUCUAUAUACCAGAUGUUAAUUGGUUGUUUAUGGCACUUUCAAUCGGAAUUACUGUUGGAUUUCGCAGCAUAACUCCAAUUGGAACAGCAACUGGUUUAGCUAUCAUUUCUGGGAUGCUAGUGACAACUUGUCUAAUGUCACUUGUGAUUUCUUUACCCUGGGAAAGAAGUUUGAUUUUGUCUACAUGUUUCUUAUUGUUCUUUGGCUCACUUGAGGCUAUGUAUCUGUCAUCAUCUUUGCUAAACUUCCCGAGGGGGGCAUGGUUUCUAUUGGUUCUUUCAGUUAUAUUCUUGACCAUUAUGAUCUCCUGGCACUAUGGUACCCUAAAGAAGUAUCAGUUUGAUGUUGAAAACAAGGUUUCAGUUGAUUGGCUGACUGAUCUUAGUCCUGGGCUUGGGAUAUCCAGGGUGCAUGGUAUCGGCUUCAUCCACACAAACAUUGUGUCAGGAAUUCCAGCUUUCUUCUCCCAUUUCAUCACAAAUCUUCCUGCAUUUCAUGAGGUGCUGAUCUUUGUAUGUUUCAAGUCUUUGCCAAUACCCUAUAUUUCCAAUGAUCAACGGUACUUAAUAGGCAGGGUCGGCCCUAAAGAAUACAAGAUCUAUCGAUGUGUGGUACUACAUGGAUACCGUGACAACAUCAGAGAUUGUGAUGAUUUCGAGGAUCAUAUAGUGAGCUCCAUUGGAGAAUUCAUUGCAAGAGAGGUACGUGAUCAUGAAGCCUUGACUUCACCUGAAGGAAUGAUGGUGUUGGGAAGAACAAUGGGACGGGGAAGUGCUCUAAUUCCCAUGACUAUUAGCUCAACUAGUGAUCAAACUUUUGUCGGCAACACAACUAAAAGUAUACUUUCAUGUGAUUUAGCUGAGACUAGUUCUGCCCCUGCUUUGCGGAAAAGGGUUCGGUUUACACUACCCGAAAAGAGUCCCCAACAAGAUGACUCAGUACGACAAGAACUGCAACAUCUUGUUGAUGCAAGAGAGAGUGGGACUGCAUAUUUCCUGGGAAAAUCCCAUCUAUCUGUAAGGAGGGGUUCAAAUCUGUUGAAGAGAUUUCUUGUCAUGAUCUAUAUUUUCCUAGACCAAAACUGUAGGGAACCUCCAGUGGCACUAAACAUUCCCCAUGCUGCUCUUUUAGAGGUUGGCAUGGCUUAUACAAUCUGA